AUGUCUAACUCGAUGCCAAACCCUAAUGGACUCUACCCUAUAAUUGAUUUGAACUUCAAAGGUGUUUUUCUAAGAAAUCAUUUCUCGUAUAACCAUGGUAUCAAUUUCACUUUCAAUGAUCACGAUUUUUCUGGAAUGACAUACGAUGAAUGUAUCACCUUUCUCGAACGGUUCAUGCAAGAAAGUAUAAAGAAGUUAUACUACUGUGAACCAGGUAAACCCUUAAUAUCUGGAAUAACUGCUAUUACUAAUGAUGAAGACUAUGGUGGUUUCAUUUUUCAAGCAUAUGGGACAGAUGAAGAUGAGGAUGGAGAUGAUUCAUGCAUUAAGGGUGGUGAGAAUAAUGACGAAAUUGAUAGCCUAACAGAUGUGGAUGUGGACUUUAAUGAGGACAUAGUCACUAUGAAUAGUUAA